AUGUGUAAAACAAGGAUAUUAAUUAGCAAUGAAAUGAAAUUUGAUAUUAUAGAAUUUUAUACUAAAUCCUUAUAUCAAGAACAUUAUGCUCAUAAAACAGAUUACAUCAGACACAAUCUUGAGGAGAAAUAUGGUAUAUUAUUAAUCCAAAAAAAAAGGACGAUGCUUCUCAAUUAUAAUUUAUGAAGUUGGUGUUUUUGUGUCCCAUUCAUUUUUGCAUGAGGAUGAUUCUUUAUUAGAAUUAAGAUCAGCUGAACAUCAUAUCCUAGCACACAUGCUUCCAUCAUCAUUUACACCCCCUCCUUUAAUUCCCGAACCUCAAGUUAGAUCAUUUAUUAGAACAACAACUUAAUCACAAUACGUAUCCAAAUUUUAGUAAUCUUAUUGCAUUUUAACAUAGUCAGUCAUAUAAUAUUAGUUAUUACAAAUAUUGAUUUAAUUUUUGUUUAUAUAAUAUAACAAAUUUAGUUCAAAAGCUAAUUCUUGUAUUCUAUAAUGA